GAACCAAGACAGGAACCAAGACAGGAACCAAGACAACAUUCCAAUUUAAGUCUAGGUAAUUCCAAUGCAAAGUCGAAUGGGAAUUCUUGAAUCACUUCUGUCACACAGCAUUAUCGAUAGCGGCUGGCCGGCAAGCUGAACUCUGCUGAAACUUAGCUGCAUAGAACAUGUAUGUAGGUACCUAUAGCCCCACUAAGUAACCUAGGUACUUGCCUAUCAAAUAUCUCGACAAGGACAAAACUUCAAAUAUUCACACUCACCAAUGACCUUCAAGCCUCGAAAUGCUCACUAGCCCAAUAACAAGAUGCUCUACGACCUCAACAUCUCCUGGUCGUCUUCGACUAGUACUGCCGAGCUCGAGCGCACAUUGAGGUUCAGCUCGCAACUCGGCUACAAUGUCGUUGCGCUGAACCACAACCUCGACGCACCUCUACCCUCGCAGAUUUCGAACCCGAUCCCUCUAUUCUCCCCGCAAACCAACCCCCCGAAAACCGAAGACCGACAGCAGCGCAUCCCCACCGUUCUCCGCCGCCUAACUGUUAAUUUCUCAGACCCAUCACAGAACCAACAGCUUCCCAAAGCUGCGCAGGCCUACGAUAUUCUAGCACUACGCCCGCAGACCGAGAAGGCAUUCCAGGCCGCCUGCCUUACCGUCAGCACUACCGAGGUCUCUAUCAUCUCGCUAGACCUCACCGCACGCCUACCCUUCCACCUACGUCCUAAACCAUGUAUGGCCGCCGUCGCGCGGGGCCUGCGCUUCGAGGUUGCCUACGGUCGAGCGCUGAGACCCGAUGCCGACGCACGCGCUCGCGCCAACUUCGCUGGUAAUGUCGUGCAGCUUGUGCGCGCAACCCGCGGUCGUGGCCUAAUUCUAAGCAGCGAAGCAGCUGAUGCCAUGGCCCUGCGAGGCCCCGCCGACGUUAUCAACUUGCUCGCCGUAUGGGGUCUCCCUACUGAUCGGGGCAUGGAGGCGCUAGGUGUGAACCCGCGGGGCGUGGUGGUAAACGAAGGGAUUAAGCGGAGCGGGUUUAGGGGUGUGGUGGAUAUUGUAAACGUGGCGGAGCGCAGCGAAGAGGAGCAGUCGAAGUUAAUGAAGGGCAAGGAUAAGGAGAUGGCGGAAGUAAAAGACAAUAGGAAAAGGAAGAAUGGAGGGGGCGAGACAACUGAGAAAGGAGGGGACGGCGGAGCCGGGGAGAAUGCGCCGGUCAGCAAGAGGCAGGCGAAGAAGCUCAAGGCUGCGUUAAGGAAAAAGGAGGUUGAGGAAAAGGGGGCUCCGUGAAGGACAAAAUGAAAAGGCAAUUGGUAUAUCAAGAUCUACAUACGGUGAUGGCGUUUGGUACAAUAGAUUGGCGAACUGGAGAUACCCUUAUAAAAUCUAUUCUCGCACACUUGCGCAUAUUACGUUCACGCAUCUCAACGACUCGGUUCAAGGCCAGCCUCGACUCAAUUAUUUUGUUGCUUAUUAAUAUCAGCAGCGAGAAGCGAAGCGAAGAAGUCAAAAGCUAUAUACAACUCAUGUGCUCCUAGCAUCUCGUGGUAAACGUAAGCCCUGGUUCUU